AUGUCGGAGCAGUCGUCGAGCGGGUCGUGGGGCGCGGCGCACGCGCACGCUGCCGACAUCAUCGACCUCGACCGCUACAUGCGCGGCGGCGUGCGCCCGCACCCGCGACACGCCGACAUCGACCAGCAGAGCAGCGAACGCCUGGUGGUAGACGCUGGGGGUAUGGGCGCGGGGAUGGGGGGCGGCGUGGCGGCGGCGGAGCGCGGGAGCGCGGCGGCGCUGGGGGCGGCCCCCGGGGCGGCGCCCGGCGCGCCCGUGCGGAAGACCAGCGCCAGUACCUGCAGCGCGCCGCGGGACAAGCGGUACUCGCAUGACUCGGGGCUGAGCGACGGCAGUUAUGUGAGGAGGCGGACGCACAGGCGCAUGGUGGGUGAGAAUGCAGCGAUGCGCGCGCACCGCGAGCGUGAAAGAGAGCGCGAGUUUACGCGCGCCGCCACCUCCACCAACUCGAUGCGCACUUUCCGUGUGGCCUGCGAGCGCGCGCUGAGGGAUCAGCAGGAGCAGAUAGCGAGGGUAGCGCAACUGUGCGAGCGGCUGACGAUGCGCGGCUGCGGGCGCGGCGAGGGCGGCGGCAGCGUGGCGCGCCGCUCCGACUCCGGGACCCCGGACUCCAGCGACGUGACCUCGUCCAGCCACAGCCGCAGCACCCGCGACCGCUCCAGGAAGGACAAACAUCGGACAGACGAAUGCAAGACAUACAAGAUAAUAAUGACGAAGUUGGAUGAGCUGGGGCGACUGUUCGCGGCGCGGGCGCGGGCCGGCGCGGGGGCGGCAGCGGCUGGGGGCGGCGCGGGGGGCACUGCCGUGGGGGCCGGGGGCGCCGCGCCGGGCCGCCGCCCCCGCGCCACCACCGCGCCGAGCGCUCCCGCCGCUCCCUCCACGCGCUCCGCCGGCUCCGUGUCCGUAUCAGACAAAUUAGUCUCCACGGAGACUCCGCCACACCGCUCGCACGCACUCGCCAGGCCUUCUAGAAGGGACUGCUCGACGUCGCGGCGGAUACAGCUGGCGGCGUAUGCUGUGACGACGGAGUGUCGCGGCACCGGCACGCCCUCCACGCCGCGCUCCAACGGACCGCCGCCGCUCAGACGGCUAUACACGCAAGCCAAGCGCCUGCAAGCGCUGCACGCGGCGACGACGCGGCGCCGCACACGCAGCGUGGACUGCAGCCGCGCCACCACGCCGCCCCGACACACGCAUGCGCACUACUCCUCCUACAAGUUGGUGAUGUGGUUGCAGCAAGAGGCCGAAUGUACGUCGCUGUGCUCGCGGUGCCGCGGCUACUGGCGCGCCCUCACCACGCUCGCCAACCAGAUCUUCUGUCGAAACGAAGCUCCACCAUAACCUCACACUCAGACCCUAAACACAACAACAAAUACUGUUUGGGGGAAUUUUCAGAGUGCCUCUAAGUAGAUAUGUGUAAUUUCUGUAACGCAUGUUUUAAUGAAUGCCACUCGAACAGAUAUAACCUAAAGAAAAAUGUGCUUUUGCAAAGCCUCAUCCACACAAAAGACGGUUUAAUAAUAUUAUUUUUUCUUAUUUAUUUUUAUACUUUAUCAUAUUAAUAGAACUAAUAUUCUGUUCGUAUUGUUACGAAUUCUGUACGCACUGUCAUAAGUAAUGUAUGCACUGUUACACGUCCUAUACCUACUGUCAUAAGUCCUGUACGAACUGUCACAAGUCCUGUACGCGCUGGUAUAAGUCCUGUACACAUUGUCAUAUGUCCUGUACGAACUGUCAAAAGUCCUGUACGCGCUGUCAUAAGUCCGGAAUGCCUUGUCACCCUUUCUGUACAUAUUGUCAUGAUUAAGCAUUUGAGCAGUAUAACCCCAUUCUCUCUUAGUUCAUGUGUAAAGCUGCCACCGCCAUACACCAUACAAAAAUACACGAAUACACAAACACCAUACACAAGUGUUUUGAUAACU